AUGGUGCACUAUCUCUCUUUCAUCAUAGUUUGUUGUUUAAUACUUUCAAUUGAAACAACAAUAGGACCUGGUAGUCGUAAAACAUCAACUCGUUCAACAGAAAAAGUAACAACAACACCAUCUCCAUCUGUUCGAUCAUCUUCUCCACCUUCUGCAUCAUCAUCCUCAUUCGAAUCAUUACCACCGGGAAAAAUUAAUGUUUUACAACGUAAUCUUGUGGAAGAAAAUAUUAAUUCUCAAUCAAUUCUCGAAAAUCAUCAAUCAUAUUGUUCAACAUGUUUAGAAAGUCGAGAAUUUACUAAUCCAACACUUGUUUAUAUAACACCAUGGAAUUCUCAUGGUUAUGAUAUAGCAAAAUUAUUUGCAAAAAAAUUUGAUUAUGUUUCACCAGUUUGGUUUAAUAUAAAACGAACAGGUUUUGAAAAAUAUACUAUUGAUGGUAUACAUGAUAUUGAUAAAAAAUGGAUUGAAGCAUUAAAAGAAAAAAAUUCUAAUAUACAUAUUGUACCACGUGUUAUAUUUGAACAAUGGUCUGUUGAUGAUAUACAUGCAUUAUUUCAAUCGGAAAAUGAAAAACAACAAUUAGCAUCAACAUUUGCAAAAUUUCUUAAUGAAUAUACAAAUUUAUUUGAUGGUUAUGUACUUGAAUUACUUGUACAAUUUCGUGGUUCAUCAAAAUCUACACUUAAUCAUAUAAUUAGUGAUAUUGCUGAGCAUGUACAUCAAAUAGAAAAUAAUGGAAAAAAGAAAGAAAUUAUUUUAGCUAUACCACCAUAUGAAGAAUUAUUUAAUAAAAAUGAUUUUGAAAUGUUAUUUGAAUAUUUAGAUGGAUUUAGUGUUAUGACAUAUGAUUUUCCCAAUAGAGAACCAGGACCAGUGGCACCAUUAGAAUGGGUCAAAAUGACAAUAGAAAAAUUUUCUAUGCCCGAAGCUGGAAGUCCAAUUAAAGUAUUUCUUGGUCUUAAUUUUUAUGGAUAUCGUUAUGAUCGAGUUGAUGCAUCAGCAAAAAAAGAUCAACAACAAUAUGGAAUGAAACCUAUUGUUGGCCGAGAUUAUAUUGAAUUUCUUCGAAAAUCUCAUCCGAAACCAAUGAUUAUUUAUGAUCCUCGUACACAUGAACAUGCUACUGUUAUACAUGGUCGUCCAACAAAACAACAACAAAAUCCUUUACCUGAAACAAUUAUUUUUUAUCCUAGUUUAAAAUCAAUUUAUAAACGAUUAGAAUUAGCAACUAAACUUAAUGUUGGUAUUGCUAUUUGGGAUGGUGGUCAAGGUCUUGACUAUUUUUAUGAUUUGUUGUGA